AUGUUGACAUCUUCGCUGCUUCUGCUUGCCUCGUUCGGCGUCUGCCUCGUCCAGUCCGCUACCUUGGAGGAGCUCUAUCUCCACAACGCGCCCUCUUUCCCACGCCCCUAUGUCAUUCCGCAUUACGCGAACUCGCAUGCCGUCACCAUUGGGGAUCAGUUGUACCGCUUCACAGUGACUGGCCCUUCCUCGGAUAAUGCGUUUACUCUGAUGAGCACCAACGCACCCUCCAGUGGAGCCUUAGGCGUGUUGCCGCACAUACAUAAGAGGCAUUCUGAGAAUUUCUUCAACCUCAAGGGCCGGUUCCAGCUCUGGGCGCAAAAGGGCGCAGACGAGCAGCAAGCUCGACUGUUGACACAGGGUGACUAUGGGUCGGUCCCUAGAAACACAACCCAUACUUUCCAAAUUCUGGACCCUGACACCGAGAUGGUUGGUGUCGUCGUUCCUGGUGGCUUCGAGGAACUCUUCUAUGCCCUUGGAACCAACUACACCUCGGGCACCGAUACCCCCUUUGUUCCCGCGGUGUCGAACAGCUCUUCAACAUCCGACCCUAGCAUAAUUACUUCUCUGCAGAAGUUCGACGUCUACGCCCAGCUUGACUUCGAGCCCCGUCGUGAUCUGGUCAACGGCACCGCUCCCGUUGAUAAUUCCAACUGGCACACUGGCGACAAUGCUCUCGGUACCUCUGGCAAGCCCUACUUUGUUGCGAAUGGAUAUGGCCCUAAGUACCUCAGCUCCAAGUACGGCUACCAGGUCAUCCAGCCUCUGGUCACCAAGCAGGCCCAGGACGCCAACUACACUCUUUCGACCAUCUCACUCAGCCGCCAAACCAAGGACAAUACGCCCACAUACAUCUUGCCCGGAGCUGCUGCUUUCGAGGUUCUGGAAGGUGUGCUCAUGAUCCAGAUCGGGAAUUAUCCCGUGGCGACCUUGUACACUGGCGAUGUAGCCUUCAUUCCGGUUGGUGUGGCUUUCACUUAUUACACAGAGGUGCCCUUCACCAAGUUGCUGUAUGUUAACAGCGGUAGCAAUGGUGUGGAUUCGCAGCUUAUUAAGGGUGCAAAGAGAAUGUCUACCCCGAACCCUCUAGUCUUGGAACUAGCGACUAUCGAAGAUAUCCCCGCCAUUACCGAGCUAUGGUUCACCGUGUUCAACGACCCCGGCAUGCGGCACCUAAUCCCAGACACUCCAGGAGCACAUGAAUGGUUCACCGAAGCCAACCGCACCGACAUGCUCACAAAGCCCUAUCAAAAAUACAUCAAGGUCGUCGAUGCCAACACGAAGGACACGCAAGGGCGUGCACGGAUAGUCGCAUACGCGAAAUGGGACCUGGCCAUGCCCGACGAGCGCGGGGCUCGGUUCCCACCUUGGCACGGGGACAUGCCUGGACAGGAUUGUGAUGCUUUCUUUGGGGGGUUGGAGAGAGCGCGCAGGCGUGUGAUGGGUGAUCGGAAGCAUUACUGUAAGUUGGAUCCUCGAGAGCUAACGGCUUACCUGCUGUGUGACUGUUGUUGA